GAAUUAGAGGAAGAGAGAAAAAUAUUUGUAGAGUUCUGACUCUGGAUUUUGAUAAAAUUAUAACAUUUUUCUUUCCAGCACCGUAUAUUUCCCUCAGUUUUACCAGCUUCUUGAUGAUAUCAGUAAUCCAUCAACUAGCAAAUUAAUGAGUACAAGGGAGAUCUUGUUUAAACGUUUCCCAUAAAGGUGGAGGUGUUAAAGAGGAGUAAUGUUGGGUUGAAGACUUGAUGUGUUAAACCUCUAUGAAUGCGCAAUCGCUGUUAACUUCUAAAUCUAUGAAGUUGUUGUCCAGCUUGUAGUGUCUUCUGCUCUGGUUAUUCUUUGGCUUCGGUUGAAUAGAGAAUCAGAGUUCAACAAACUAAGUAGCUCGGACUCGGGUGCGGGUGUCCGACACGGAUGCUGAUCCGAGGGUCGGAUCUGGCAAAAUCUGAAGUUUAAGAUUCAGAAAUACGGAUCCAGAUUUUCGGGACUAUGUAAAACCUUCCCGCCUAUUACCAACCACUGACGUAAAAUUCAGUGGAGAUUGGUCGCUGGAAAACAUGCUCAAUCAUUCGAAAGUGGAUAAAUCCAAUUCGAUUUACCAAGUCAAGCUGCAAACAAGUAGUGCAUAUGGGUCAGAUCUUACCGACAUAAACUCCGAAGUCCUGCUUUGUUUGAUAGAUGAAAAUGGUGACUCAAUCUUACAGAGGAUAUCAGCUGGUUCUGAUCGUCUCCACUUCCAAAGAGGUUCUGUAGAUGAGUUCGUAUUUGAGGGACCUAAACUUGGAAAAAUUGCGGCUGUUUGGAUCAGCCCAGAAUCAGGUCAGUGGAGACUUGGAGGUAUAAGCAUAACUGUUAUUUCCCUACUAAGUUCUGCGUCAGUAGAAAACGAGGAGAAUUUAUCCGACUGCACAGCCAUCCAAUAUGACUUUGAUAUCGAGGAUGUCUUGCUCGGUGAGAAAAGCGAUAGUUCCAUGAUGGAGUUUAGACCAUGUUCAGUUACCGAGUCUUCCCAGGACAACAUCGUAUCACUAAGCGAAAAAACUUCGCCAUCAUCUUCCCUUAACACUCAGAGCAUAUCGAACGAAGACACCAUGAAGGAAUACGCAGACUUGAAACUAUCUUUAUUGCUUUACGAUGCAAUCCUUACCAUUGCUGGUUCGUCAAUUGCAUUCUUAGCCGGGGAAAAGUCUGCAAUCGCCUUCUUAACAGGUGGUAUCGGAGGAUUUCUAUAUUUAUUACUCGUGCAGAGAUCUGUUGAUGUUAUACCAUCUUCAGAAUUAACUUCAAGUAACAGGACAGAGACACUUGAUCGAACCGAUAAAGGAUUUAAGGGUUCGGUUUUAAACAUAGUAUUGGCUCUUGCAGUUACUACUGUUGCAGCAAAAUAUGCUCUCGGAGAUUUUGCUAGAGUGCUAACACCGCAAGAUCUCAUGCUUGGGACGAUCGGAUUUCUAUUGUCCAAGGUAUCCGUGAUUUUGGCAGCUUUCCUACCGAUAACAGGUUCAAGAGAAAACAAAUGAUACUAUACUCAUAAUAGUCAUUGUAUAUUCAUGUAUAGCUAGUAUAGAGUUACAGACACAGAGAUGUAUAGAAUUCGAUAAACGUAUAUCGAACCUUGUAUCACUGGCCCUCCAGGAUUUCUCGGUUAUAAAAGAAAUUGAUAAACAUUUACCUUA